CACAUGCGCUCUACCAUUGAUUAUAUAAUAUGUCAACAAAUCUAUACCUUUUAAUAGUAAUAAUAAUAAACAGAUUAGUGAAGACAUGCGGUGAUAGUCAUCGACAACAAUAACAACAACAAUAAUAACAACCAAUAAAUUCAUUCAAUCCAGUGAUGACACUAUUGUCGGCAGUCACCGCCGACAGAUCACUGGUAGCCAAAUAUGCCGAAGUGGUGGCAGUGGUGGCCGCCUAUUGGCUGAUAUCCAUAUCGAUGGUCUUCAUCAACAAACAUCUGCUAUCGGGCGCCGACAUUGGCCUCAAUGCACCGCUUUUUGUCACAUUCUAUCAGUGUCUGUGCGCACUGGCCAUCACACUGGUCAUGUCGAUGCUGUCUCGGACCAAUCCAAGUCUAUUCAAACUGCCGGCACUAUCUUUUCGACUGACGACCGCCCGUCAAGUCUUGCCAUUGUCGGUGAUGUUUGUAUUGAUGAUUACAUUCAACAAUCUGUGUCUUAAGUACGUCGGCGUUGCCUUUUAUUUUGUCGGCCGUUCGUUGACCACUGUAUUCAACGUUGCUCUCACAUAUGUGAUACUCAAACAGUCGACAUCGGUGUCGGCCAUCACCUGUUGUCUGGUCAUUAUAUUUGGCUUUUUUCUUGGCGUCGACCAGGAAAGUACUGGCGGCUCGUUGUCCAUAUCGGGUGUGGUCUACGGUGUGUUGGCCUCGUUGUUCGUAUCGUUAAACAGUAUCUUCACUAAAGACGUAUUGCCGGCGGUCAACAACAGCAUCUGGUCGUUGACUUUCUAUAACAAUCUCAACGCCUGUCUGCUAUUUCUUCCGUUGAUGAUAGUUACCGGUGAAUUCAGCGAAUUGGCCAACUUUGGCCACUUGUGGGACGUUAACUUCUGGAAUCUCAUGACACUGUCCGGUGUGUUCGGGUUUGCCAUCGGCUACGUUACCGGACUGCAGAUCAAAGUUACGUCUCCGUUGACGCACAACAUCUCCGGUACGGCUAAAGCCUGCGCGCAGACUGUGUUGGCCACUGUCUGGUACUCCGAUCACAAGUCGACGCUCUGGUGGUUCAGUAAUCUGCUGGUACUCUUCGGGUCGGCCGCCUAUACCCGUAUCAAACAGCUAGAGAUGAAACGCUUGCAUGAAAACCAGUCAGUGGCCACCGUGCCUUCCGUCGGUACGGCGACGGCAGCCGACAAACAGAAACUAAUCAAAAGCAAUGUAUAG